AUGGAGCUACAACCGUCCAUCGCCAUAAUUGGAGCAGGGCCAAGUGGUCUAGUAUUCGCACGGCUCUUGGAAUUGGGUGGGAUCACCGACUAUGUCAUCUACGAGCGCGACGAGUCAGCUACGCCAGAUCCCUGGCAGCAAGGAGGAACUCUUGAUUUGCACGGGCCUUCCGGGCAAUUGGCACUGAAGCGUGCGGGUUUAUUUGACAAGUUCAGCAAGGAUCUCGCCCGCUGGGAAGCAUCCGGUUUACAUAUUGUCGACUCAAGAGGUGCAACAGUCAUCCGGACGGGCGAGGGUAGUGACAGACCUGAGAUUGACCGUCUACAAUUGCGCCAACUUCUGUUGGACUCGGUGCCUGCGCAUAAGAUUCGCUGGGGUCAUGCUGUCAAUACCGUCGAGAGAAACGGAGAUGGCCCCAUGGCAUCCGGCGAUAACGGGUGUAUUAUUCGUUUCGUGAACGGCACUUCGGCGACUGGGUUUCGACUUAUUGUUGGUGCCGAUGGUGCUUGGAGCAAAGUUCGUCCUUUGCUCACUUCGGUCAAGCCAGUGUAUGCGGGAAAGAUGUUCAUCGAAGGAAGCCUGUCGCAUAAGAAUCCAAGCUAUAAGAUAGCCGCCGAGAUGGUGGGCCCGGGGAACAUGGCAGUGCUAGGCAACGGAAUCAAGAUGGCGGUACAGCAGGUAUCCAAUGGCACGUAUCGCGUGUACUUUGGGCUACCUGUACCUGAAGACUUUUACCACCACCGUCAAUCUAGUACUAUCACUGCCAACGACCCCACUAGCAAAACUGAGGCUUUGCGACAGGUUCUCGUGUCAUCCAACGAUUUCUACGCCACAUGGGCACAGGAACUAAAAUCUCUAGUUGAGACUGCAGAGGGCCCCUUCCGCGCCUGGCCGUUGUACCGCAUGGAACCCGACUUGGUUGGCUGGACCCGUCGCGUGGCUCCUGGUGUGACAUUGCUCGGAGAUGCGGCACACCUGUCGACACCUUUCGCUGGCGAAGGGGUCAACUGUAGCAUGUACGAUGCAGUCGCUCUAGCCGACCGCAUUAUUCAGGGAUGCGGUAGAGAUGCGAAUCUUGCCACCAUGAAAGAGAGUGCAUUGGAAGAGGCCCUGGCCGCGUACGAAGAAGACAUGUUUCUGCGUGGUCGGGAUCUGAUUCACCGUAGUACGAAGAUCGAGACCAUGCUUUUCGCUCAGGACGCUGCUGCACUGUUUCUCAAAUUCUUCCAAUAA